AUCUUACGUGACAUGAUUUCUAUCGCGCGAGCCUGAAACGCGAGAAACCUUGCAAGAGGUUGACAGCCACACUAGUUGUCACCGCCAUCUGCUACGAUAAUGAAGUGUUACGAUGCUUCUUGUGGCAUAAAAGUCAUCUUGUUGCUGCUCGCCUGGGUGAUAUGCGGAGAGGCUGCAGCCCUGCCUCCCGGUGCCAGCGCUGACUAUAUCCUGGAUGAUGCUGUCAAAAGCUAUAACAACAGCGAGUCUCUUCCUGUCGAGCUGAAGCGGAUACGCGACCUGUCGCUACAACUGCUCCAGCGACUGACCGCUGACGGCAAAUUAGCUGGCGCCGCUGAGCUGGCACAAAUUGCAAGCUCUGACAAGCAAUAUGUGUCGACGCUAGAUGCGGCAAGGCGCGUGGCGGAGGAGCGGCCCACCCUGCCCGUCCUCGCACGCCGCAUUCUCUUUGCCCAGCUGCUGCUGAAGUAUCUGGAGCAGGGGAAAGCGUCCCUGAACGACCAGCAGGAGCAGGAGAUAUUUGAACUCGCCAAGGGGUUCUACUCGCUCCACGUGGCGGGUGUGGUGCGGCGGGGGCUGCUCGAGUACCUGCACAUCAGCAAGAGCGGCGGAACCAGUUUCAGCACCGCAGCAAAGCAGAACAGGUGCCGCCAGCCGGGCGGCAUCGGGCAGCUGGAGACGCUGGGCGACCUGCCGCGCUGGAUCAACCUGACCGCCUUUGAGGAGGCCACCGGCUCAGCACACGUCAUGUGGGCGGCGUACGGCCAGGUGCAGCGCGACACCGCCUCGCCCGGCUGCUCCCGCCGCGAGCGCUACGUGCGCGGCCAGCGAUACAACUACGUGUCCAACGAGUACACGCUGCACGGCGGGCUGGGCGACAUGGGCCGCACGCACGUGUGCCCGCAGAUGGUCAACGUGGUCACGCUCAGGCACCCGCUCCGGCGCCUGGAGUCCCACCUGCACUACAUGCUGCCCUUCAUCCGCCGCACCGUGCGCCGCAACGGCGAGGGCGAGGGCGGCGAGAGCGGCGACGCCGUGUUCCAGCGCGUGUUCUGCUCCGGCGACCCGGGCGUGUGGGAGCGCGUGGCGCCGCCCGUGGCGGACAACUACAACGUCAGGUCGUUCCUGGGCGAGAGCGGCUUCCACACGCCGCUGGGCGGCAUUGGCGACCAGCACGUGGCCGUGGCGAGGAACAACCUCCUGCAGUUUGACCUGGUUCUGGAUCUGGACGCGGGCCAGGACGCCUCGGCGCUACUCAUGAGCCAGGGGCUGGGCUGGGGAACCACCCUGUCAGAGGUGCACUCCCGCGCUGGCGACCGCGUGUCGUCCAAGCACGGCUUCGACCAGGCCGCCGACUGCCCGCGUGAGGGGCUGGCGGAGCUGCUGCCGCGCCAGCAGCCCGACAUGCAGCUCUACAGCACCGGCCGCACCAUCAGCCUGCUGGACCGACUGGUGCUGGCGGCGGCGGCGGCGGCGGGCAGCCAGCCGUACGCGGUGGCGGCGGAGGUGGAGGCGGCGAUGGACGCGGCGGAGGGCGGCGGCGGCGGCGGCGGCUCGCGGGGUACACUGUUGUCGUCGUCGUCGGCGGCGCAGCAGCAGCAGCGGAGCAUCAGUGCGGCGGACGUCAGCUGCGGGCUGCUGGGGUACCUCGAGGGCCCGGCGCCGCGCCCGCCGCUGAUGAGUGAUGACUAUGAGGAGGAGCGGGCGGAGCGGAAGAAGGAGGAGGAAGAGGAGGGGGAGGGGGAGGAGGAGGAGGGGGAGGGGCAGGAGGAGGAGGGAAAGGAGCGGGAAGAGGAGGAGGAGGGAGAGGAGAAGGCGGGAGAGAAGGAGGAGGCAGAAGUGGAGGAAGAGGAGGAGGCGGAGGCAGAUGAGGAGGAGGAGGGUGAUGCUGUUGAGGAGGAGGAGGAGGAGGCAGAUGAGGAGGAGGAGGAGGAGGAGGUGGAGGAGGAGGUGGAGGAGGCUAGCGACGAAGGGGAGGAGGAGGCAAGCCCCAAGCUGGCGAAGUGGGAUGGUGAGGCUCUUUCAGAGGAGGGCGACGGAGACGGAGACGGAGGCCAGGCCGAGGACGCGGAGCUUCACAGAGCCCAGCUUCGGCGCCUGGUGGGCGGGCGAAAGGCCAUGAUAUUCUAGUGAGUAGGUGUUGCGGUUUUCUUGGCGGGGGUGCGCGUGUCUGCGGCAGCCUCUGUAGUGCGGUACUUCGCAGCAUGCAUGCAAAGCGCUUGCAAACAAGCAUAACGUGUGUGUGCGGCCAUGUGUUAUUUUGAUUGCCACUGCUGCUGUAGGUUCUGAGCGUUUCACUUUGAAUCGUUCAAUGGGACGUGCCGUGGUGUGGGGUACGCAUGCAUGUGAAAGGUCUAGGUAGCAGACCAUAGGGGAUGUACGGGUUCCUUUGCUGCUUCUUGACAGGGUGGAAACCCCUUUUUCAUUUGCUUUAUAUUGGUGGCUUCCUAAGUAUGGUUGUGGCUUUGGCAUGGCAGGCAGGGUUGUCACGACCUGACAUGGGCCCUGCAGAACACCAAAGUACGGUACUCGUGAGGUUUUGUUGCGCGGGUAUCGGAAUUGAGAGUUUGUACGCACGGUUUGUAUGGUUGAUGAGGAAUGCUGUGCUUACCUGGACGGCGCUGACCGCCGGACAUCGGACAGGAAUCGUGAAGUGCGGCCCGUUUCGGGGGUGAGCCCCCAGAGCAACUACCGGCAUGUAAUCUCCGCGCGGACUGGCCGGGUUAAGCAGGGUCAAGUAACACAGACCCUGGUGUGAAUGUGACACCGCAAGAAGGGGCGAUGAUGGACAGUGAGGGACCCCUCACAGAUACUGGCCCUCGUGUGUCAGGUCGCCUUGCAAUGAACCAACGCUCACCGUGACAGCGCUCUGGCAGCACGAGGGCGCGGGCUCGGGCGCAACUGGUAGACGAAACAACCGGGGACGUUUACAACGACAAUUUACACCCCAGAGCACAGCUUGCGUGCGCCCUGGCGUCGCCUUCCGUUGUGUCAAGAUUGAGAUUUGCGAGGCAAGCCGGGUGCAAAGGCUCGGGAGGCAAGAGCCGGGAAAUG